GAGUUUGUUCGCGUCCCGAAAAUAGAAAAGCAGCCCUGCGUGUCAAUGUGACUGAAAAUACAUUUCUGUCGCUCCGCGUCCCCGCGACUCACUGAUACACCGUAUCUAUAUCCAGCGAGGGAGUGCGGAGAGAGAGAGAGAGGGCGAAAGAGAGGGGAAAAUUUCUUUCCCAAGGAGGAGGAACCAGCAGGAAGUGAAGUGCUGUGCAGGAAGGAAGAGUGCAAGAUUCGAGCUGGACUUUGAGGCCUGAGUGAAGUUUGUUUGCGCCUUGAUCAUUGGAUAGCGGUGCAAGCACUUCAAGAGAAAGAGAAGGAGAGACCGAAAGAGAGGAAGAUCGAGAGAGGAAGAGAGACGGUGUACAAUGUGCUAGUGGAGAGGAGGAAGACGAGUGCGGGUGUUUUUCUGAUAUUCUCUGGGUACCAGAGAGACUGACAAGGACGCAAAGAUGGGACGGAAGAAGAUCCAGAUCACCCGGAUUAUGGAUGAGAGGAACCGUCAGGUCACCUUCACUAAGAGGAAGUUUGGCUUGAUGAAGAAGGCCUAUGAGCUCAGUGUCCUGUGUGACUGCGAAAUUGCCCUGAUCAUCUUCAACAGCUCCAACAAGCUCUUUCAGUACGCCAGCACUGACAUGGACAAAGUCCUGCUCAAAUAUACAGAGUACAACGAGCCUCAUGAGAGCAGGACAAACUCUGACAUUGUGGAGAAAUUAAGAACCAAAGGCCAUAGUGACUGUGCCAGUCCUGAUCCUGAUGACUGUUUUGGCCAUAGUCCCCUCAUGGAUGACCGUUUGGGCAAACUAAAUGAAGAGAGCGAUUUAAUAUACAAGCGCUCUGGUGCCUUAAACAAGAAAGAACACAGAGGCUGCGAUAGCCCGGACCCUGAUGCCUCAUAUGUCCUCACACCCCACACAGAAGAAAAAUAUAAAAAAAUUAAUGAGGAGUUUGAUAAUAUGAUGCGAAAUCAUAAAAUCCCAACAGCUUUGCCACAGCAGAACUUCUCCAUGCAUGUGGCCGUGCCGGUGACAAACCCAAACUCCAUGGGCUAUAACCCCGGGGGCAUUCUGAGUAGCCAGGGCCUGUCAGCUGCUGCCACAGCCUCACUAAGCGAAGCCACCAUGCUGUCCCCUCCCCAGACCUCUCUUCAAAGAAAUGUGGUGCCUGCCGGCGCCCCCCACAGGCCUCCCAGCACAGGCAGCGCUGGAAACGGCUUUGUGAACCCCAGGGGCUCACCAGGACUUCUGGGUACCAGCAGUGGAAAUGGACUGGGAAAAGUUAUGCCCACGAAAUCACCACCUCCGCCGGGGGGAAACAUGGUUAUGGGGAACCGGAAGCCAGACCUGAGAGUGGUCAUACCGCCGUCCAGUAAGGGAAUGAUGCCUCCAUUGUCAGAGGAGGAGGAGAUGGAGUUGAACACCCAGAGGAUAAGCAGCUCCCAGUCAACCCAGCCUCUUGCCACACCUGUGGUGUCUGUCACCACCCCAAGUCUCCCACCACAAGGCCUUGUGUACUCUGGCAUGCCAACCACCUACAACACCGAAUAUUCCCUGAGCAGUGCUGAGCUUUCCUCGCUGCAAGGCUUCGGAUCUCCAGGGCUCUCGCUGGGCUCCAUGUCGGCAUGGCAACAGCACCAACUGGGCCAAGUAGCUCUCAGCUCACUGGUGGGUGGUGGUCAUUUACCUCAUGGCUCCAACCAGUCCAUUAACACCAGCCCAAACUUCACAAUCAAGUCAGAGCCCAUCUCACCUCCACGUGAGCGCGUCACUCCGUCCGGAUUCCCACAGCAACAGCAGCAGCCUCCCUCCUCCAGCCGUCCUGAUAUGGGCCGCUCACCGGUGGACAGCCUGAGCUCCUCGUGCUCCUCCUAUGAUGGCAGCGACCGCGAGGACCCACGUGCUGAUUUUCAUUCGCCACCGAUUGGCCUGGGUCGAGCCCUCGCACCUGGAGCCGAUGAGCGCCACAGCCCUUCUGUUAAACGCAUGCGUAUGGACUCCUGGGUAACAUAAAAUGCCCAGCGAGGCCAAGACAGGCCACAUAGGCAAGCGAGAGCGACAGGCCAGAAGCAGGGAGGGUCAUAUUUCUAUUAUUAUUAUUAUUAUUAUUAUUAUUAUCAUCAUUAUUAUUAUUAUUAUUAUUAUUAUUAUUAUUUUUAAUAUUAAUAUUUAAGUUCGCUUUUUUGGGGGAAGGCUGUGGGCAUGGCAAAAAAAUUCAAGAUAUCCCAACAUAUUGAAAUUAAAGUUGGGUAUUAACUGUUAUUAUUGGAUUAUUUUUUAUUUGAGUUGUUUUGGAAGGCAGGCACACAGAAGGAAAUUUCAUCUGUCCUGACAUAUCAGAAUUAAUGGUGCAACUGGGUGGUAAAAGAGAAAUCAGUUCCUCAGACUGGUUGGGUUGCUUAGAACAGUUAUCAGGUACUUGAAGCAGUAAAGAAAAAAAGGAAGAUGUGUGGAGAUGUUUCAGGAUAAUGUUGUCUGGUCUGGCACUUGUAGUAGCUGAAUUUCUGCUGUCGAAAAUGCAGGGUUGCACACAAUCAGAGCAAGUUUAGUCUGUUUGCAGGCUCUUACCAGCUGGCCUCUUUAAUAAUCCAACUUUAUACACACAAACAUUUUAACUUAUUCAGGAUUGAUCAUGUUUCCAAAAUGUUUUUGGUUUACAAAGGGAGGUUCUUGACAAAAAUGAGAUCACACUUGUACCGUCUAACAUAGGAAGAUGAUUCAGUUAUGUCUGUGCUUUUUUUUUUUUUUUUUUUUCGUUUUUAAAAUGAAAAAUUAAACAGUAGCCCAGUUGAACUGGAGACAAGAGUUCUAAAUUAAAAUGCAGCUCAAACAAUAGUUACAAAAAAGCCAAAGUAUGUUUGUUGGUUAACGUUUUUGGUUUGAAAAUUCUCAUUUCUCUUUCACUAUUCGUUUCCUCUUAGUUCUGUUGUAAUGUAUUUUGUUACAAGCUAUGAAAGAAAAACAAAUACAAACCAGAUCUUUAAACCGAUAUCUAAAGCCAUGAACACUUGUUGUUCUGUUUGUAAAUUAAAGAUUUGAGCCAAACCUUUCCUUUUGUUAUGUAUAUAGCAACUUUAAUAUAUAUCACCAUCGGUGUAAGUACGUAUGUAUUGUACUUUCACCGGAUUGAAGAAAAAAAAAAAGUAUAUUUUUGUGGAUUACUGCCAGUUUUACAAGGCGAGAUCCUUAAUAAGUAGAGUAUUCACUGGUUAAUAUUUACUAUUUUGUUAACUAUACUGUACUUUCUUUGAAUCUGAUUUAUUGCUAUUAAUAAUCAAAGUGUUUUUAUUUGAAAGAAGGACGUUUUAUGGGUCGCGUUCCCAUUAACAAUGGUAAAUGUCUGUCCUUAAAAAAUUGUAACAGUGCUGUAAGUUUAAAACUCAAAUGUCUCUUUUUUUUCUAUUUUUGUUUUUGUAAAAGGAUUACUGUAACAUUAAGGAAAUCUUUUUUUCCCCUCUCUUUCUUUACUGUACACAUUGUGGGAGGGGUUGGCUAAGGCUGCUGAACACACUGCCUACUUUCACAACCAAGGAUUCAUUUCAAGCCAAUUAGUGACACACAUCUCUCACUGUAUUUUUUUUUUUUUUUUACUGACUUGAAUCACAGUGUAAACAAAUAACACCCUUUGUUGAUCAAAUUAGAUUGAUACACUUGCCUCCUUUUGAUGGAAGCCUUCAUUUAAGUCAAUUAAUGCCCCCAUUAUUUUCUACAUAUUGUAAAUAAUAUAACCUAAUACAUACAUACAGUGUACAGAACACGUCCAAUUUUUGUUUGGUGAAUUGGCUCGCUAAAAUAUUGAUCCUCUCCAGACUGAGAGGUCACUCUGAAAGCGCCAGACGCUCUGUUGUUGUGUGUGUGUGUGCACUUGUGUGUGCGUGACUCUUCGUUUUCGCAUCAAUCUCUCGACACUGAGGCUCUUUCGUCCAUGCUUCUUUCGCCUGCCUCGCACCUCACUGCCCCCUUCAGGUGGAAGAAGCAUCAGGGGAUUCAGCAGCAAAAAGACAGUUCAAAUGCUAGACAAUGCAAAACCAAUCUCUCUGCUGGAUUGCACAUGUUUGUACAGUCAGGUUCGGCAAAAAAAGGCUUCCUCUCUUUAAAUUUGCUAUCUGUUUCCCCCACUUCGUGUGCUCUUGUCCCCUUUUUAGAUACCUCUCUGCCCUAACAGGCACCAUAGCAGCUGGCAAUAAGCUGAUGUUAAUCUAUGCAGACUCUGAACACACAGCACAUCCAGAAGGCUCAUUCCCACAGCAUUCAUAAUGUUUAGGAUUUAGAAUUGAAAUUGGUUAUUAUCAUCUGCCCAUUAAAGACAUUUCCUUGCUUAUGAACAGCAUUCUCUGUAUGUGCACAGUUGAGAAAAUGACUGUUAACCUUUAAACCCUUAAGUGCUUGUAUAUUAAGAAGGCACACUCUUUUAUUGGCUACUUUCUAAGUACCACAGAAAGCCAUUUCAUGCUGGGUAACCUUAAUGCAGACCCCGGCUUCAAUAGCUUUCCCUGCCUUUGUGUGGGAACAAGUUUAGCUGAAAAGUGAAGUUUCAAAAGUUCAUUAGAAACCCAUUUCAAUGAUGUCUAUUGCUAAUGUUACCACAAUUAAUGCGUUUCAGGGUAGAUAAGCAAUAAUGCAAUAAUGCCAUUGCAGUGCUGUAAACAGCACUGUGGAGUAUGAUAUGCAGGGCACACACACACACACACACACACACACACACACACACACACACAAACUAGAUUAGGAAUCAGGGAGUUUUUUCUCAUGUGCACAGUUAGAGCUUUAUCCCAAAGAGUUCUAAAUUGUGCAUGAUAUUUUUCAUCAACAUUAAAUUCAUUCCCAAUUUUUAAAAAAAUGAAAAGAAAAAAUGGACAAAGUGCCAGUUUGUCUAUCAAUCCCCCAGCAGAAACAUACAAGAAAUACAUAGGAAAUCUAAAGAGAGGAAGUUGCUCGUCUUGGUCUGAGUGCUGCUUACGACAUCAAAAAAAAAAACAAAAAAAAAAAACAUUGAACUGAAUGUGAAAUGAAGGGUUUCGGGAGGAAAACAAUUUGUAGAGAACUUCACUUUGCUGUGCAAGAGUACACUGCUUUGCUUUAUGGCUUUUUCUAAAAACAGAACUAUGUAUUUGGUAAUUGUUUGUAGUUACUAGUUCAAUUCAAGAAGCUGUUUGCGGUUUGGAUGCUCAAACCGUUUGGCGGCACAAGCUGGACUUUGUUGCCAUGAACGAAAUGAAAUGUUUUAGAUGAAAAAAAAAAAAGAAUCAAGAGAAAAUUUUAAGCUAAUCUGCAUUCUAUUUCCCUUGAAUGUGUUGUUUUAUCUUCAUUAUACAAUAAAUAUUCUAGUGAACUUUUUAUUGAAUGACUAAGAUAUUAUGCUAGGGAUUGUUGUACAAAUUUGUAUUCUGCAUUCACUUAAGUAAAGAUAUUGGCUUUAACUGUGUAAA